CAAGGUUGCGUCCGGGGUGAAGGUUUGACUGUUGGAGAGUUAGCAUGACUUUUAAGCGUUUGGCACUGGGAGGCAGGCGCGCGUCUGUGAAGGAGGCGUAUCAUUCACUCUCAGUCAUGAGGUUCCGCUACUCGGGACUGUUUUUAAUCAAGAAGAAAGAAGCCUUUUGAGAAACUUUUCUCUCUGUUUGGAGACGUUACAACCAGCUCUGACGCACUUAGUUUGGCAAACGAGCACCAUAUUUUACGCUUAAGAUUGAGCAAGAAGAUGCGUCGGGUUUAAAACGCGACGAGAUUUCAUCACCAUGUUAUGAAGUCUCCGAUAUGCGCGCUUUUAAAGGACGCGUCUGGUUCUCGGAGCGCGCGUUGGAGAACCUACCGAGCGCGCCGUAAUCCAGCGCGAUGAUGCGGGGUCCAAACGCACAUUCCCGAUGCUAUGUUUCUUGACUCUAUUUGGGCAGAUUUGGGAAUGUUUUUCCGUGGGUUCUGGACGCUGCGCAGACGGUUUUGCACGGGACCCCUGUUGCUUCUGGGGAUAGCGGUGGGUCUCUGCUAUCAUACAUUGACUAUGGACAGGACAGAAACCGAAUUCAAGUCUGAUCAACAGGUCCCAAGAAAUAAAUCGGUGAUGUUUGAUCCUAACCUGCUUCUGAGGAACCCAGAAAGACUCAUAUCACUUCUGGAAGCAUCACAGGCUGAUGGUUUUAUUCAACGCUCGAUGCGCACCUGUAUGGGAAAGGCCAUUAUUCUAACAGGCCAAAUCUCUCCAACGGACACCGAGGUUCAGCUCUACCAGAGAGUCCUACAACAGCAGGGUUAUCGUGUGGACCAGGCCCGUUACGCAGAAACUAGUUCUUUACUUAGACAGAACAGAAGAGAUGGAAGAGACUGGUCCGCCUUGGUGUGUCUAAAGGGCUCAGAAAAAAGUUGCCUGCGGAAAAUCAACUUUGCCCAUCCGCAGUACCACCAGAGGGUUAACAUUAUACCAGCAUUUUCUGGAGCAUUUCUGGACAUGGGCGGAGUCUGCCGGUUUUUGACUGACAGCAAGUUAGCAGGAGUGAUAUUACCCAUCCUCCCAUCUGCCUGCUCUCCAUCCACAUCACCACAAGAGGGAAACCAAUACACCGUUACAGAUGAACGGACACAGCCAAUUCAAGGCGGACAUUCAGACGAUCACAAUCUGAACGCCACUGUGAAUUUAUACGUCCUGGUUACCUCUGCAACACCGCUGACAGCGUUCGUCCACCGCAUAGCUUUGGUCAAAACCCACCCGGACAAAAACAGUUAUACCACUGAGUUGCAGGUCUUUUUUAGAGAAAGGUUGGGUCCUGAUCUCUCUCAUAAAGCCAUUGUGCACAUGAAACAUGUCAUCGGUAACAUCCUGACAGCUGCUUUAAUGACCACUAAGGAGAGCAGCUCCUCACCCAGAUGUCAGCUAUGUUUUCAGUUAUUGACCUUCUCAUUGCACUAUAACGCCUCUCUUCAUCCAGUGGUGGUAAAGCUUCAGACUGAUCUACAUUUUGAUGAUAUGAUGGAUCCUUACUUUGAUGGACAGAUCACCAAAGAAUAUAUGCUAGAAGAUGUCUUGAAACUACUUUUCCCAGCAUGCAACAGUGAGGCGGCGGGACUCAGAUCCUCACUCGGCACACAGAAAGAGAACCUGAUUAAGUUGGUUGGCUGUGAUUGGCCGAACGCUCGGUGUCUGCCUUUAGAUGAAUUACAUUUACUGCAGUAUUUUAAUCAACACCUGAAGACACCGGGACCUUUUCAACUGCUGUACCCGGUAUCUUUAUCUGAUGAUCUUCAUCAUGAUCUAAUCCAGAGAUCCCCGAGUGUUCAGGAUGGUGGCUGGAGAUCAGCUCUGCUCCAGGAGCUCAGUCUUUACUACACGAGAAGAAAUCAGACCGGACGCAGUUUUGAAAAUUGGUGGCACAGUGCGACACAUUCAUACCAUUCAGAAGAUGGAUUAGGAAAAGGGAGGUGUGUCGAUCCUCACCUCAGACAGUUAUACACAGACCCCCCGAUGGUACUGAUGCCAGCGUUUAACCCUUUGGUAAAGGAGUACCGAGCCGAGGUGCCGUUUGACGUGAUCACCAUUCGGAUCAGACCAGAACCGGUCAACCCACACUGUCACAUUCACCUGGAUGAACAUCGUGGACCCAGGAUGGCAAACUACCCGGUCGGCCUGGGCAACAGCCGAAUCAACAUUCUGGUGACGGACGAAUCGGAGGCCGAGCCCGUCGUCAUGACGAUAUACACUCUUCACAUAUACCGUGAAAGCAGACCCAGCCUGCCAAUGUUUGAUGAGUACGUGAUGUGCAGCUUUGUGCAGGACUGUGGUCUGGUGGUCAGACCGGAUCAGCCUUGCGGUUUGGAGGCCGUUCCAGGAGCAUCAGGAGAGACCCAGCCAUCGCCCCGGCCUUGCCUAUCAGGAGAUGAGCCUGGUCAUUGGGUCGUCCCGUGCUUAAGCUGUUCAGACAACAGGACCUGUGAUUGGAGAGAGGUUGCCUGGCAACCCGACAGCUGUUAUUAUCCAUUACUGGACCAACCUCAGUUACAAACCUGCAUGAUGGACAGAAAGGUCCUGUUCAUUGGUGACUCCACCAACCGAGGGAUGAUGUAUUACCUGAUGGAGAGAGUGAACACCACUCUGGAAGAUUGGGACAAGGCCCACGAUACCAUCAUUUACCACAACCUGAAUCAAGGGCGAACUAUAGCCGGUUAUUCUUACUACCCACAAUUCUGGUUGCCAAAAGCCCAAAGACCCACCUUUAAAAGAGCUCUGCAACAACUAAUAGAGAGGUCACGACCCCUGGAGAACUCUGAUCAGACAGUGCUGGUAGUUGGUGGAGUCCAGUGGUUAAACAAGAUCCAUCUCAAGACCAUACAAGAGGUCCUAGAGAGAGAGGGUCUUCAGAACAUCCUGGUAGUUGUGAAAUCUUUAGGAAUGGGUUUCCAUCUCCCUGUUGAUGGCAUUCGCUCUCUUUCCCUGAGCGAUGUGCAAGAACUCUAUAAUCUGAACAAGGAUAUUCUGGAAAGUGCCAAACAUCUUGGUUAUGAGGUCAUUGACACUUUCAGCAUCACUAUGGGUCGAUACAAAGAAUUCUUGCAGGGCCGGUGUGCCUGCCAUUUCCAUGAGGUCUAUAAGCUUCCCCUUCCGACUGCUGCUUCCCAAGGAAAGCUGAAAAUCUUUAGGCAUGGGACCAGGGCCAAAGAGGACACGAGGCCUCAACAGCGAGAAGAUCCAUCGUCUCAACCCGAUGUGUCCUACCACGUGAAAGGACCGGUGAACAAGGUCUACUCAAAGAUCCUACUCAGCAGGAUUUGUGUGAAUAAUGCAUUCAGCAGGACCAUUCGGCAAGAAUGACAAAGAGACGAUUAGCGGCUGGUGACGCUAACCUGGGUGGUUGUGUGUUUCAGUAUCUGUGUUUGUAUACGGAGGGAAAGGCAUCUGUAUGAUUAGCUAUAAAUACAUUCAGUGUAUGUAUUUAAAAAAAUGUCUUGAAAGCAAAGGGCUAAAAUGUUUAAGUAUUUUUUUGUUUAAUGAAACAUUCGCCGUGCACAUUGGUCCAAAUCUGCGUAACCGUAUGCUGGAUCAAAGUGGCACAUUGGAAAUGGGUAGGUUACGUAGAUUUUGUGUGUGUGCAAGAGGAUCCAGAUGGUAAGGAGCAUGAAGGGGGAUUCAAUGAGACCCCCUUAAGUCUUGCCAAAACGUCUUUGGCAGCUGUGGUUUUAUGACCGCCAGUAGCUGCUGUUUGGCACUGAUGAAAAACUGAAAUAGUCAUGCCCUUCAAACAGCCAUUCAAAAACUUUCCUGCAACGUUUAUGCAACGUUCCCACAAUGCUGCUUCCGGAGCUCGUGCUGAAGUGUUCCCAAUAUGUGUUGGAAACGUUUUGCAGUCGCUGUGGAGUGCCUUUGAUGUCACGCCGUCUCACACCGUCACUUUUAUGAAAGCUCGGGCAACGUUUUGAAGUCUACACCCCCUUCUUUCACAUACCAAGUUCAGAAGUAUUUAUGAAGUAUUUUAAUGCCAAAGGUCUUAUGAAGGAUAUUUUAUGCUGUCUUGUGUUCUUUAUGUACAUUUCUACAUUUAUUUUUCUACAUUAAGUGUUUCCUAGUGCCUUUAAAAAUAAUCAGUGUAAAUGUUAUAGCAUAUAUGCUGUUAACUAAAAGAGGAUAUGUGUAUAUUUAUGCUGUAUAAAUAAGUUUUGGUAAGGAGCAUUUUUAUAUUGUUACUCUGAAUUGCUGGAAUACGUUACGUUCCAUUUGUCCAUGAAAGAAAGAGAGAGAUUUAUCUGAAAUAUCCCACAAAACUUCUCUUCCCACCAGUUUAAUAAAGUUUACACAUAUGAAGAUUUUAA